UUGUCAGUGAAGGCAUCGCAGUUCCCACACCGGCGGACCAAGAGGUGUGGGGGAUAUGCGCAGCCACUUAUCGCGUCAUUAAAAUUGUUCGGAGAACACUCACAAACAGCCAAAGUCCGCCAGAAAGUUAUUACAAACAAUGUGACAACUUGGGUGGACCGAACGCUUCCUCAUACAGCGUAACCAAAACGAUAUUUGCUCUUGUCCACGCCUGAAGAAGAAGCCAUGGAGCCGAUAACAAAGUGGACGCCGAAGCAAGUUGUUGACUGGAUGAAAGGUCUGGAUGACAGCUUACAGCAGUAUGUGAGCAACUUUGAGCGGGAGAAAAUCAGUGGAGAACAGUUACUGAAGAUUACGCAUCAGGACCUGGAAGAGCUUGGUGUGGCAAGAAUUGGACACCAGGAACUGGUGCUAGAGGCUGUCGAUCUGCUCUGUGCUCUGAAUUACGGAGUGGAGACAGACAACUUAAAGAACCUGGUUGUGAGGAUGAGAGCUGCCACCAACAGUCUCCACAUGGCCACGUCUGACCGCAGGAAGAGCCCAGUGUAUGAUAGUAGCGCCUUACGCAAGCCACCGAAUGACUUUCUCACAUGUGUGGUUGAGUUGAUCGGCGCUGCUAAGAGCCUCCUGGCUUGGCUUGACAGGACGCCGCUCACAGGAAUCAGUGACUUCACAGCCACCAAGAACAAAAUCAUUCAGCUUUGCCUGGAGCUCACCACCACAGUUCAACAGGACUGUGGUGUUUACGAAAUGGAAGAAAAGAUCCUAGAAGUUUCAAAGAUUUUGAACAGCAUCUGUGAUCAGACUGUGAGAACCACCUCUGACCCCCUUUUGAGCCAGUCUGCCUGCCUGGAGGAAGUCCAGCUGAUCAAUAUUAAACCGGGUGAAGGUCUGGGAAUGUAUAUCAAGUCAACCUAUGAUGGGUUACACGUCAUUACUGGAACCACAGAACAUUCCCCUGCAGACCUAACCCGGAAGAUCCAUGCUGGUGAUGAAGUGAUCCAAGUUAAUCAACAGACAGUGGUUGGCUGGCAACUAAAAAACCUGGUCAUCAAACUGAGGGAGGAUCCCAAAGGUGUGUUACUCCUCCUGAAGAAGCGGCCCACAGGAACAACAGGUUUUACCCCGGCCCCGCUUAAGAACAUGCGCUGGAAGCCUCCUGUACCUCAGAACAAUCCCUCCUUGAUCCGAGCUCAGUCUCCAUGCAGCUCAGCUAAUGGAUCAACCAAAAAGGAGAAAUCGGCAAUCUUGGAUUUUUACAUUCCGCCACCUCCUCAUAUACCCUACAGUCCAAGAGAGGAAAGAACAGACACUUUCUCCAGUUUUAGUAAAAGGCCAAAAGGCUCUGAGUCACCCAAUUCCUUCUUGGACCAGGAGAGUAGGAGACGCUGCACCAUCGCAGAUUAUGACAAACUAAGUAUCGGCUGUCCAAUUGAAGCUAAUGUGAUACAGCCCAGAAUGAGGGAGCACAAGCAAUCACGUGGUAAGCCCCGACCUAUGUCCAUGCCUGUGGAUACCUGUGUGUCAAUUGUGGACCCCUUUGCUAAGCCCUGGACACAUAGUAGGAAAGGUGAGGACAUCCUGUACAGAUACCUGAGCAACGAGAGGAUCCCCACCAUAGCCGAGGAAGUGGCGCAGGCAGCUCCGCCCAACUACCUGCCGACAGGGGAGCGCCACCUUGUCAGGAUGGAACACAUCCGAGGCAGCCGCUACUACUCGAACUCAGACCUCCACAACAGCGCCACCAUCCCCUAUCAGGAGGAUGUCAAAAAGACCCCCGUAGCUUCGGUCUCCAAGCGCACGGCAGAACGUUCACUACUGGAACAUGACUGGCACUCGAGUAGGGACUUCCUCAACCGGUAUAACCAACCACAGAUACGAUCCUGGUCCUUCUCCCAAGCUGCUGCCUUCCCCAUAUCUGUGUCACCCUCCAUGGCUGCUGAUGACUACAACCCUGUCUCCCUGCGACACAAGUCAAAGAAGAAGAGCCGUGGGGGCAAUGCUGCGAUGAGCAGGCGGCGUGUGUCAGUCAAAGAGCUCGGGCAGCCAGACCACCAAGGCUGGCUGUACAGGAAGAAGAAGAGCAUGGGCUUUCUGGGAAUCAAAUGGAAGAAGUUCUGGUUUGUUCUGAAGAAGACAGCACUGUAUUGGUACACAAAUCCCGUGGCAGAGAAAGCCGAGGGCUACAUUGACCUCACCAACUUCAUGAUAGACCGAGCCAUAGAGUGCAAGAAGAAACAUGCGUUCAAAGCUUGCCACCCGCAAGUCAUGACGUUUUAUUUCGCUGCUGAGAGCCAGGAAGAAAUGAACUUAUGGUUGAAUAAGCUAGGGCUUGCCUCCAUUCAUUAUGAGCCGACAGCACCAAACACAGCAGCUGAGUGUUACAGUGAAGCCAGUGACCAAGAAGAAGCUGAAAACACAGAGAUACCUCCACCACCAUACUCAAUGGAUGUGUCGGGUCCCGCUGGUAGGACACAUCAGGGUGCUCUUCCCCAAUCAUACUCCUCCACGGUCCCCAGUGAAGCAAAUGGCUCGCACUCUUCACCCGUCAGUACGAUGACGUCGGAGAGCUCCUCCGCCUCGUCGCUCUCCAAGCAGCGUCAGUCAUGGUUAGACCUGGUCGCUCAAGCGUCUCCACCUCCUGCCACUAGCGAAGUGGCAGUGGUGUGCUCAGUCCAGGUGCACUCGCAUCAACCUCCAUCAUUAGAGGCAGAAGGCUUGGAGAGUUCAGCUCCUCCAGAGUCUGCUGACACGGGGUCUAACGAGGAAGGACCGGCAGGUGCCGAAGACAUGGGGGAUCAAAGUACCAGCUCUGAUGAGAUGGAGAAACUUUACAUCCAUCUGAAGGAAGCAAGCCUCUCACCUAUAGGAGACCGCAAACCAUCAACUAAACGGGAAUUCAGGGCCUCCUUUAUAAAGCGCUGCAAAAACCACACAGUCAAUGAUAAACUGCAUCUGAUCAGGACGCUGAACAGCACGUUGAAGUCCAAACAGGCAGAUCUGCAGGCACUAGAUCAGGUGCUGUCCAACCCGGAGCUUACCUCAGUCAGGUUCAGAGAAUGGAAGGAAGCCAACGCGCCUUUGGUGUACGAAAUUUGUGUGCAAAGUGACCAGCAGGCGGAGUCAGAUGCUCCACAAGAUGCAGAGGCCGCCGUUGCCGUUCCUGUGGCAGAGACCAGUUUAUAAAUACUGCUCAGGACUUUGGACUUAUCACAUGUGAGACUACUGUCGACUUUAAGCUCUUUUUAACCAGCAAAUGGAUCCUACAUGCAAAUAUUUUGUUUGGAAUAUGUGCAGUCAUUGGGCAGAUCACAUUGAAAUGUGAAAUGUAUUGUAUUACAUUUGCUUUGUAAUCAUUUGCAAACAUUUCAAGCAAUUGCUUUUUUUGGGGGGCAUUUUUCAUGACCAGGUUCAUUUGAUUUUCUACAUCAGAACACUUGUUUGUCAUCUCUAUUUAGAUGGCAUCAGUAGCAACCAUGUUUUUAAAUGCUCUCACUCAUAUGGGUGCCAUGCACCUUGUUAUGCCUGUUACAGGAGAACCACAGAUUAAAUAUGUAUCAUAAUUCUUAACCAUUUUAAUUGUUGGGUUAAUAAAACUGUUUGGAUGAUGUAA